AUGGAUGCAGCCGGGCAUGGCAUGCUGGACGAUGCCUGGUGGCUCCCAUUCACUUCCAGCGGCGAAGACUACGACCUCGGCGGUCCAGUCGGCUCCUCGACCAGCGAGUGGCGAGAAUGCGCUGUCAAGGUGUCGAGUGCAGGCAGCGACUUGGCCCUGCUGUCCAGAGAGGCGCGCCUGCUCGCCCUCUGUCGCCACCCCAACGUUCUCCGUGUCCUUGCGACCUUUACACUCCCACCGGAUCAUGCCCGAGUAGCUAUUGUGACACCGCUCGUCGAAGGAGGGUCGCUCGCUGGCAUACUCGAAUGGCGCUCCCGAUCGCCUCCGCGGCGUCGACGUCAUCGAGGCGUCGCGGACGGCUCUCUCGACGAGGACGAAGUAAAGGCCGUGGUACGACAAGUCCUCGAAGGGCUCGUCUACCUGCAUGCCAAUGGCUCCUUGCAUCGUGACCUCAAAGCAGGCAACCUCCUUCUGGCGCCGGAUGGAACCAUCUUGCUGGCCGACUUUGGUGUCGGGGGCGACGUCAACCUGCCCCCAACACCGUCCGGGGAUGCACGCCUGCCCGUCGAGGCGGUGCGGUUCGAUGGACCCCGCCAACGGAUCGUCCCGGCAGCUACAUCGGCGGCGCCACCAGUGGUCGUGCGUGAAAUUGGCAAGCGACAUUCAUUUGUCGGCACUCCUUCCUGGAUGGCCCCAGAGGUGAUCCUCGGCCAGCCGUACGAUGCCAAGGCCGACAUUUGGUCGCUGGGUAUUACGAUCAUUGAGCUAGCUACGGGCAGCCCUCCCAGUCACGGCCGCCCUGCCGACGUCCUCGCCGCCACAGUGUCUGCGACCACGGCCCCGUCCCUUCCGUUACACUUCGGCAAGCACAUGCGCGAGUUUGUCGCAGACUGUUUGAAGAGGAACCCGGCCAACAGACCCACUGCCGAGAAGCUGCUCGAACACGCAUGGCUCAAGGGAGCCAAAAAGGCGUCUUUCCUGGCCGAGUACUUGCUCACUGAUGUGCCCGCUCUCACACAACGGCAAGAGCUCCGCCGUGUGCCCACCAUGUCGUCGUUUACCUCGGGAACACCGAGCUGGGAUUUUUCCUACUCUGUUCCACCUUCCCCUGUCGCACGGUUCGCGUCACCCUCUGCGGCAUCCCUCAGCCUGUCCCCGUCAGCAGCGGCGGCAGAGUACGGCCUCAACCGCCCGCAGUCGCGUGCUUCAAACCGCACGUCGAUGGGACAGGACUACUUUCCCUCGUCGCCGCGCAUCAGCCUCUAUCAGUGGGCCGAGCGCACCGGACCGGCCGAUUCGUUGCCGCCAACACCGACAGAUGCAAACAGUAUGUAUAGCUCGGGGUACAUCUCGCACCCAGGUUCUGGCUUUAGCGGCGGCAUCGUCGCCUGGCCGUCGCCGCGUCGUGGCGGCAGCGAGAGCGGCCGACCUCGCAGCGGUGUUCCCCUCGUGUCGUCACCUGCCGCUCGCCUGAGGCGGGGGAAGAGCACGUCCUUCCAUGCGGGUCUCGACAGUGUGCCCCAAAACGUCGUGCAAGACAUCACCUCGUCGCCCAACGCCAGCCUGACGCACAACACGAGCUUUGGCAGUGCCACGGGCACGACCAUGGGCGAGUCGCCAGUGCGCACGACGGCGAGCGUGGCACCCGAUGUUGGCCAGGUGCCCGAGGACGAGGGCGGCAGUGGUCCCGGCACCCCUCACCAGCACACGCCACGCAGCGACAGCCCCACCGAGAUGGGCGACCACCUGAUCGCCUACCACCAUUCUCGCGAUGUGAGCGGUGGCGGGCGGAGCGACAACAGCGGGGGCAGCGGCGCGAGCGGCGCGAGCCCCGCCGCGUCGUAUGCGGCGCACUAUGUGGCUAGCUACACUGCGAGCCUGGGACAGAGCACGCAGAGUCACCAGAGUGGCACGAGUAUCAGCAGCGACAAGGCCACGCCCAUGCUCGACCCGUCUCCGCGCCGCACGCCCAGCCCCACCGAGCAGCUGCCGUCGUUCACCCUCGACCUCGCAGACGCGCCGUACGGUCGCGCGCCGCGCACGCCGCGUGGGAUCGAUACCCCGCCCGACAGCCUACUCCUCGGCACGAGCCCGCUGGGGUUGAGCAUGAGCCCGCUCGAGUCGUCGCCGCUGAGCACGACGCCGCGCCAGUCCACGCCGCUGGGCAGCGGGGCGUCCCGCGAGAACGUGUACGGUGCCGUCAACCACACCAACCACAGCAGCCACAGCAAGCCUGGGUGGUUGCAGCGCGGCGACAAGAAGAAGGACGCCAAAGAUAAAGACAAGGACAAGGACAAGGAGGCAAAGGAUAAAGAGUCGUUCACGGCCGCGCUCGUCGGGUCGUUUAUCGGGCGCAGGGCGUCACGGAAGCGGUUGUAG